CUCGGGCUAGACCACUGUGAUCUAUUUGAAAUUCUCUCGGAUUUGUCUACUUAACACAAUAGACACAAGAUGAGCUCUCCAAAGAAAGCCACUACUGAACCUCGUGUAAUCAAAGAGGAGCUGAUAGCGAGUGGAAACUGGGUGAAGCUUGAGAAGACCACAUAUGUGGAUCCCUCUGGAAGCACCAGAACAUGGGAAACCGCAAAGAGAACAACCCGAGUAGCCAACAGUACAGCUGAUGGUGUGGGAAUCAUAGCCCUUCUGAAGCGGACCCUACAUAGAGACUGUGUCGUCAUGGUGAAGCAGUUUCGUCCACCCUUGGGAUGCAACGUACUGGAGUUUCCUGCAGGUCUGAUUGAUGACAAUGAGAGUGCUGAAGCGGCUGCUUUGAGAGAACUAAAGGAGGAAACGGGUUACAAAGGGGAGGUCGUGGGCAUCACCCCAGUCACAUGUUUAGACCCAGGCUUGUCUAACUGUACCACACAGAUCGUGAUGGUACAUAUUAAUGGAGAUGACAGUGCAAAUAUAAACCCCACUCAGCAGCUGGGUGAUGGAGAAUUUGUGGAGGUUGUUCUUCUACCUUUGGAUGAAUUCCAGCAAAAAAUCGACGUGUUACUGCAUAAAGAGAAAAUCAUUGUGGACUCCAAGGUGUAUAUCUAUGCUAUGGGAAUGUCCCAGGCCUUCUUUAAACCCAGAGAGUUGCCUGUGCUGAAGCAGUGAGAUUCUCCUCAAGAAUUCACUACAGCCCGACAGCAAUCAAAGCUUGUGUGCUGAUCCUCAGUGAUGAAAUCAACGAGUAUUUGACCAGGGCCUUAGAGUUUUACCAUGGUUGCCUGAACAUUCCUAAUAAACUAACAGUACAUAAUUAUUCAGUGUUUGCACUGUUUUACAAUUCAAGAUUAAAUAGAUGAUUAAAUAGGAUUUGAGCAAAUUUAACUAAAGGGUCUGACAGCUAGAACUGUGCAUUUUUCCCCAGUACACCCUGUCUGCCGUUGACCUGUAACAACAAAAGAAAACCUCAAAACAAAAUAAUAAACUUAUAUUUAUAGGCCAUGCAGUAAGUGUCAUAGAAAGACUCCUUAUUAGGAAAUGUACUUGGUAUUGUAAUCAGAUCUUAGCAUAAAACAGACAUAAAAAGUUUUUUUUUCAUAUACGUUCAGUAGCUGAUGUUAUAUAUUGUGUAUCCAAUUGUCUAAAAGGCCUGCAUUGAUUGUAAAUUGUUCUAAAACAUCACAGUUUGUUCUGGAAGGUGCAUAUGCAAUGCUGUGUACACGAAUAACUAUUAAUUUUUAUCUAAUAAAUUUGACAGUUUAAAUUUCGCA